AAGUUACAGCUAGCAGUCGCCACUAUGUUGACAGGCUAUUUGACCCUGAUCCCCAGAAAGUCCUACAAGGUGUCAUAGACAUGAAAAAUGCUGUAAUUGGAAACAACAAGCAGAAAGCCAACCUCAUUGUUUUAGGAGCUGUUCCCAGGUUGUUGUAUUUGCUUCAGCAAGAAUCCUCAAGCACAGAACUGAAAACCGAGUGUGCAGUGGUAUUGGGAAGUCUUGCUAUGGGCACAGAAAACAAUGUCAAGUCUCUACUGGACUGCCAUAUUAUACCUGCCUUACUGCAAGGGCUACUGUCUCCAGACCUGAGGUUCAUUGAAGCUUGCCUCCGGUGCCUGCGCACCAUCUUCACCAGCCCUGUCACUCCCGAGGAGCUGUUGUACACAGACGCCACAGUGAUACCCCACCUCAUGGCGCUGCUCAGCAGGUCUCGCUACACCCAGGAGUACAUCUGUCAGAUCUUUUCACACUGCUGUAAGGGGCCAGAUCAUCAAACAAUUUUAUUUAACCACGGUGCAGUUCAGAAUAUUGCUCACCUCCUAACUUCAGUGUCCUACAAAGUUCGAAUGCAAGCAUUGAAAUGCUUCUCAGUUUUAGCUUUUGAAAACCCCCAGGUAUCGAUGACCCUAGUAAAUGUUUUGGUUGAUGGAGAAUUGUUGCCACAGAUCUUUGUGAAGAUGUUGCAGAGGGAUAAGCCCAUUGAGAUGCAGCUCACGUCAGCAAAAUGUUUAACUUAUAUGUGCAGAGCUGGCGCCAUUCGGACAGAUGAUAACUGUAUUGUAUUAAAGACCCUGCCUUGUCUGGUUCGGAUGUGCAGUAAGGAGAGAUUACUGGAGGAGAGAGUUGAAGGAGCUGAGACACUCGCUUAUCUGAUUGAACCAGAUGUUGAGCUACAGAGAAUCGCUAGUAUAACUGAUCACCUCAUUGCCAUGCUUGCUGACUAUUUCAAAUAUCCCAGCUCUGUGAGCGCCAUCACUGAUAUUAAAAGGCUUGAUCAUGACUUAAAGCAUGCUCACGAACUGCGCCAGGCUGCAUUCAAGCUCUAUGCCUCUCUGGGAGCCAACGAUGAAGACAUCCGGAAGAAGAUCAUUGAGACUGAAAAUAUGAUGGACCGAAUUGUGACUGGCUUGUCUGAGUCUAGUGUCAAGGUGCGGUUAGCUGCCGUCAGAUGUCUGCACAGUUUAUCCAGAUCUGUGCAGCAGCUUCGAACCAGUUUCCAGGAUCACGCCGUAUGGAAACCUUUAAUGAAGGUUUUACAAAAUGCACCAGAUGAAAUCCUAGUAGUAGCAUCUUCGAUGCUAUGUAAUCUGCUUCUUGAAUUUUCUCCAAGCAAAGAGCCAAUUUUAGAAUCAGGAGCCGUAGAGCUACUUUGUGGAUUAACUCAGAGUGAAAACCCUGCUUUACGAGUGAAUGGAAUUUGGGCUUUAAUGAAUAUGGCAUUUCAGGCUGAACAGAAAAUAAAAGCUGAUAUUUUGCGAAGCUUGAGUACUGAACAGCUAUUCCGGUUAUUAUCAGAUUCAGACUUGAAUGUACUGAUGAAGACAUUGGGACUUCUUAGGAAUCUCCUCUCUACUCGCCCUCAUAUAGAUAAAAUAAUGAGUACUCAUGGAAAGCAAAUUAUGCAAGCCGUCACCCUUAUUCUGGAAGGGGAACAUAACAUAGAGGUCAAAGAGCAGACACUGUGCAUCCUGGCCAACAUAGCGGACGGGACAACGGCAAAGGAACUUAUCAUGACCAAUGAUGACAUACUGCAGAAAAUCAAGUAUUACAUGGGCCAUUCACAUGUCAAGCUGCAGCUUGCCACAAUGUUCUGCAUAUCAAACCUCGUAAGGCAUGAAGAGGAAGGUUCCCAAGAACGCCAGGAUAAAUUACGGGACAUGGGCAUUGUAGAUAUUCUACAUAAACUGAGUCAGUCACCAGAUUCAAACCUUUGUGACAAGGCAAAGACGGCACUGCAGCAGUACCUGGCGUGAUGGGAGGCGCCCCGGGCACCGGCACACCCCGCACCCUUGUUAAGGAAGUACAAGAACUAGCCUCAUUUGAUUCCUUCUAUUUGCACAAGUCACCUUGACUGCAGGGAGCUGUUUUGCAAAAGCAAUUUAGUAGGCUUAGAUCUCAAAUUCAUCUUGAGAACCAUUUUUUUUUUUUGAGGUAGUCACUUCCUCACAGGACUAUUGUGCUUUGUUUUCAGUUUUUGUUUAUGGGUUUUGAGCUACCUGGACUCUUAAUUAGAACAAUCAAUCAUCAUUUUCCUUUGGACCUACAAUUUUUUGCCUAUGCUGCAGCCACUUUGUGAGUGAGCGUGAAUGCGUCUUUACACACACGUGUGUAUGGGUAUGGAUGUGCACGUGGGCCAGCGUGUGUGUGUGUGUGUGUGUGUGUGUGUGUGUGUGUGUGAGAUACCUCAGAAUUUUCUUUCCUUAUUUUGUGUGAAAAUCUUUUCUACAGAUUUUCCAGGGUUUAAGCAUUGCUUGCUGUAUAAAAACUUUACUGAAUUAUAUACAGUUUGAAUGAAAUGUUAUUUUAAAAACAAAAUAAUUGUUAAGUGUUCCAUAAAGGUUAUGUUAAAUUUUGGUCAGAUGAAUAUUUGUAAGUAAAAAAAUAUAUGCAUUUCUGAACUUCAACUUAAUUAUAUUUUCUUUUUAAAAAACAAACAAAAACAUAGAAGAAAAAGUUGGCUGUGGUUAGCCUGAGUAACAGGCAUAUCCAAGGUGCUGUGCAAAAUAGCUAGCAUCUUACUGCCGUCAAUAUUCACAGGUACAGAGCCUGCGUUUCGGCCUAAUUCAAUAAAUCCUCAGGCUUUCAAGGCAGAUGGCCCAGAUGGCAUGGAGUGAGGCCACAGGUUCACUGUAGGGCAUCGUUGUUUUUUAAACUUCUAAGGGAAGUCUAACUACUGAUAGUGAGAGGCCAGUCCUGGCUGUGGUGGGCUGCCCGUGACAGGAGCUGGGGACCCAGAGCCCUCCCAUUGCCCCACAUCCUGUCCGUUGGAGGAACAGGCAGGCCUGGAACUAUACUCUCCAAGUGAAGUAGGCCAUCCCUUCCUGGAAGCAAAUCAGCUCACCUGGGCUUCCUGAACAGCGUCUGUCCCUGUGAAACCACAGCGGUCCGUUCUGCAGGCCCUUCCAGUGGCAGGAGCCUGACUGUUCAGAGUGUGUCUGUGAAACGAAGUCACAACUUGAGUAAGAGAUUGGACUCUGAGUGUUUCCUGCUCGAAGCCAGAAGCACUGGAGUUGAGAAAAGACAAGGGAAUCGCCAAAGAGGACUCUCUUUACAGCAAGCACUGCUGAGCAGCCUUCUGCAGCCCUCAGCCUGGCACCAGCUCCGACUCCUGAGUCAGCUUCAAGGCCGAACUCUGAGGCUGCUCUCGACUGUUAGGAAGGUAGAACCACCCUUUACUGAGAAAGGUCAAAGGUACCAAGUCCAGGAAGCAAGGCCCGUGUCCUGGAAGUGUGAGGGGAGGCGUACCCCCUCCUCCUGGUGCCCAGUCACCCACUGCACCUUCCUUGGAAGAGCUCGUGGAUGUCUGCUUGCAAAGGGAUGGUUUCAAAAUGGAUGUAAUGCAAGAUGUCCUGGUCUCCACGUGCCCUCUCAAGAUUGAAACCGAGAUUUCCAAGAUGUUCUUUGUUCAGAACAUCACUGAGUUCAAAAUCUGUCGAAACAGGGACAUCAGAGCACUGCUAGUGUGGGGAAGCCAGGUGAGCAGAAACCCCACUUGUGGAAGUAGCGCCUCACUCAGGCCACUCAUGGACAGCAGUUCCCGGUACUGUGGGAAAAUCCUGGGUUGGCAUGGGCGGCAUAAAACACUGUGGAUUGGCUACUAAAAGAACCAGGAAAAUAGAAGCCAAUAAAGAAUUGCUGAGACAGUCUUGAGCCCGUAGUGUCAGAAAGCUGAAGGCCCCGUGAGAUCUCACACUUAGCUCUGUGCGGAAAUCUUAUCUGUGGGCACAGGCAGGUGGUCAAAUAAAAAGUGCUUUACAAUAGUUAGCUCCUUUUCUGAUUUAAAUGAAGGAAAAUGUCUUUCUUAAGGUUGUUUGCUCCUUCACACAGGCACAGUGUCCAGUCAGCAAGGAAGCAGAAAGGAUGGACAUGGUCUUGUGUGGACACUCGAGUUCUUCCUAAUACCGUGGUAUCUCCUGUUGUGCCCUGAUUGUAACCCCAAAUUUACCAACUAGGAAAGAAUGUCCAAUUUAAUAAGUUGCUUUUUUUUUUCCUUAAGCACUUUAUUCAGAACAUACAUGUUCUUCUGGUAGUGUUUGGGUAAUAUGACUUUGUCAUAACACAUGCUAAUAAAAGCUGAGGAAAAUCA